AACAACGACCCUUUUUCUUCUCCUACUCCGACUGCCAGUCGAAAAGCAGAUACCACCAUGUCAAAGGAAGUCUUUGACCCGUUCACUCAGAACGUUACUUUCUUCGCUCCCGAUGGAAAGACGGAAAUCAGCAUCCCUGUAGCUGCCAUUGACCAGGUGCGCCGCAUGAUGGUCAACACCACCAUCAACUAUGCUACACAGCUCGGAGCCUGUCUUAUCAUGCUGGUCGUGCUCCUAGUCAUGGUCCCCAAGGAAAAGUUCCGCAGGCCUUUCAUGAUCCUCCAGAUUACCAGUCUUGUCAUUUCCUGCUGUCGAAUGCUAUUGCUCAGCAUCUUUCACUCAUCGCAAUUCCUCGACUUUUACGUCUUCUGGGGCGAUGACCACAGUCGCAUCCCGCGCAGCGCUUACGCUCCCUCGGUGGCUGGCAACACCAUGUCGCUCUGUCUCGUCAUCUCGGUUGAGACAAUGCUUAUGAGCCAGGCCUGGACAAUGGUCCGACUGUGGCCCAAUGUGUGGAAGUACAUCAUCGCCGGCGUCUCACUCAUUGUGUCCAUCAUGGCUAUCAGUGUCCGACUCGCAUACACCAUCAUUCAGAACAAUGCAGUUCUCAAGCUGGAGCCGGCGUUUCACAUGUUUUGGCUCAUUAAGUGGACAGUCAUCAUGAACGUCGCCUCCAUCUCGUGGUGGUGUGCUAUCUUCAACAUCAAGCUCGUCUGGCAUCUCAUUUCGAACCGUGGCAUUCUCCCGUCUUACAAGACUUUUACCCCAAUGGAAGUUCUCAUCAUGACCAACGGCAUCUUGAUGAUUAUUCCAGUUAUUUUUGCUUCACUCGAAUGGGCUCACUUUGUCAACUUUGAAUCAGCAUCUCUGACACUUACCUCUGUCGCUGUGAUUCUCCCCCUCGGCACUCUCGCCGCCCAGCGCAUCGCCAGCAGCGCACCCAGCAGCGCCAACUCGACCGGCGCUUCAAGCGGGAUCCGUUACGGCGUCAGCGGGCCCAGCUCCUUCACAGGCUUCAAGGCACCCAGUUUCAGCACCGGCACCACCGACAGACCUCACGUCUCGAUCUACGCCCGGUGCGAGGCGGGCACGUCAUCUCGCGAGCACAUUAACCCUCAAGGUGUGGAACUCGCCAAGCUGGACCCUGAAACUGAUCACCACGUUCGUGUGGAUAGAGCCUUUCUUCAGCGCGAGGAGCGAAUCCGGGCUCCUCUUUAAGCGGUGUACAACAAUUACUUGCUUCCCUUUUCACUCAUCAAAAGUCGUAUUUCGGAGUUAAGCAUUCUACAAGUUUCGAUCAAUGACCUCGAAUCAAAAACACCAACAUCUAGCGUGGCGUAUCGGCAGAUCCUCAGUUACACAUUGUUUUCGUUUCUUUCCAUGGCGAACCGCCUCGAUACCCCAAAUAGGCCAUUGAUGCUCGAGAUGACUCGCAUCUUAUCUUACUUUCAUUACCCAAUUUAUUGCUGGCUCGCAUGGUCUCAAACCGAGGAAAUACUUUUCAUGUUAUUGCUUUUUUUUUCCUUUAGUCAAAAGAUAGUCUAGCGCUCAAGCGCACCGUAACGAUGAAUAAUACA